ACCACAGCAGCAUGAGUAUCCCAACUUAGCAUUAUUACUCAUGACAACAGUGGUUCCGCAUUUUCCAUGAAGCAGCAGUAUAUAAGAUCCCACUUCCCUACAGUCCCACAUUGUGAGACCUUGAGCAUCCAGAAGCUGAACGGCAAGAUCCAGAGUCAGUGUUUGAUUGAAGAUCCAGAGUCAGUGUUUGAUUGAAGAUCCAGAGUCAGUGUUUGAUUGAAGAUCCAGAGUCAGUGUUUGAUUGAAGAUCCAGAGUCAGUGUUUGAUUGAAGAUCCAGAGUCAGUGUUUGAUUGAAGAUCCAGAGUCAGUGUUUGAUUGAAGAUCCAGAGUCAGUAUUUGAAGAUGUGGACGACCCUCUCUGCAGCCCGCUGGGUGUUUCUGCUCUCCCUGGCAGCUGUGAUGAUCCUCUCUACGUCUGGAGUAGACUCUUUCAACCCGAUAGAUCCGACCUGUUGUUUCAAGGUCAGCAACAGCAGCAUCAAGGUCCAUAAAAUCAAAGAGUGCUACGAGCUGACUCGACAGAGGGGCUGCAGGAUCCACGCCUACCUGGUCAAAAACAAAGCGGGGAAAAAGGCGUGCAUCAAUCCAGAGGCCAGGUGGAUCGUGGACGUGAUAAAUAGGGGGAAACUGAUAUGCAACUAAUUUCAGCUCAAGCCCGGGAAGAUGUCGCGCCAUAACCUCAAACAUCUCAUCGAAGCAGCUACUGGAAGCAUACUCUGAUUUACUAUUUAUUCCUUUUACACAUAUAUCUAUUUAAACAAAUGAAGUUAUUUUUGUAUAGAGUUUUAUAUGACCCUUAAAUCUGAAUUUUGAGAUGUUGUUUUGUUAAGCUUUUCUUUAAGAGCCAAAAAUAAAUCCGACUGAAUAACGA